GUUGUGGGCUUCAAAGGCUCCACUUCCAUCUUCAAUUCGUUUCUAUUCUCUCUCACAGCGUGAGGUUUCCCAGAGAUGGAACAAGGAGAUGCCAAUUCACCCACCAAUUCACAACAAACUGUUUCUGAUGAUGAAGAGAUUGACUACUCAACGAAACCAGAGUUUUAUGAUCCUGAACUUGACGAAAAGGAUGAAAAGUGGAUUCAUAAAAAUAGACAUGGACGUGAUUCUGAUGCGGUGCUUUGCUGCCCUGCUUGCUUCACCACACUCUGCCUAGAAUGUCAAAGGCACGAGAAAUAUUUGACCCAGUAUAGAGCGAUAUUUGUUACAAACUGCAAGAUUGAGGAUAAACCAGUUAUGAUGCAAAGUAGCUCGAAAUCAAGAAAAAGAAAUAGAAGGGACAAAGAAUUUGGUGGGAGCGAUGCAAUUUCAUCUAGUAAUGAAAAAUUAAAACAAGUCUGCUGCGCUGUUUGUUCAACAGAGGUAGGUGUCUUUGACGAAGAUGAGGUUUAUCAUUUCUUCAAUGUACUCCCUAGUGAGUGAAUGCUGACAUAGCAGCGGUUUUGCUGCUCAAUCGUUCUGCUGAAAUGUGAGUUUCACUGCCUUGUAAAAUUCAAAAUAGUUGCUGUAAUAUCUCUUUGUUUAAAUCAAAGAAAGCACGUUCCCCUCAUAUUGAAAGAGGUUCACCGUUAGUAAUUAAAUCAACACUACCAAAAGUUGUUGCUAGCAAUUUAAUAUGCAUGUUGCAAAGAAACCAUGUUCUCACUAAAACAUGAUCUAUAGAGAUAGAUCACAAAAACUGCGCGGCCUAAGUUAGAGUAUAUACAUAGACAAAAUGCUGAGACGCUUUAGUAAGCAUGAUUCUGAGAAAUGAUUCAUAUAUAUGUAACCUGUCUUAUGUCUAUCAAAACGUUCGCUUUGUUGUUAUUGCUUGUCCUUGUUGGUUUUUGCCAUAUCGUUCUCCCCGUUCUUGUAGCCGUUUUUGCCACUGUCGCUGCUGUUUCGCCUCCCUGUUGCAAAUAUGAGUAUAGCAACAGGGAUGUAUGUCACUGGACUGGACAGCCAGGUUACUCCAGCUCAACUAAAUUUUUAUAUUGUAUUAGAUGACAUGAUUUUCAUAUUACUAUCAUUAGUGAAAUCAAGGUUGGUGCAAUCUAUAUCGCAUAAUAGAAAUCAAUGACAUAAUAUAUCUAAAAUAAUGCACAAUAUAACAUGUUAAAGGAAAUACUUGAUGAUGUCAAAUGCAUAAUGGCACACAAAAUACUACCUAAAUAUAACCAGAUGUUCCAAAAUAGAAUGCAUCAUGCUGCAUUACACGAAAACUAAUGCGCAUUUUGUCUAACCUCUUCAUCUGUAAUGCAAGUAUUGGCUUCCUUCAAAAUCUCUUAAACAUCAACAUGGGCAUCAAUGCCCUUCUGUACAAUUCCACUAGAUAGUAAUUUAGAAGCCAAGUCUCGGAUGCGAGCAUAUCCAAGAUAAUAUCACUCAUAAUGCCACCCUCAUUUAGUGUUGCCUUCUUUGCAAGAACUUCCUCCUCAAUUGGUAUAAAUGACUGUCCUUCCAAAUUGAGAAUCAUAUAAGUGGUUGUUCUCGUAUAAAAUCUACUAAAACCAUUGUUUCUUGUUUAAAGUAGUUAGAGGAUUAACUACAUCUUAAAAUAUCACCUCAUGCAUUUAUAUAUAGUUUCCCAACCACGUAGGAUCUGGACACCACGGUCCUCACAGACAAAAUAUGGUCCUUGUACUAAAGACAUGAAGAGCAAAGACGAUAAGAUGAUUGGGAGUAUAUUGCAUGUACACGAACUAGCACCAAUACCUAGAAAUGUUGAUAAAUUCAUGUCUGCUUCAAUAUAUACUUAAACAACAUUGAAUAAAAUAUUUUUCAACAAAUAAUUCAAUAAUUAUAUGAAUAUGAUAUAUAAAAGAGUCAUAUAUCCAGGUGCAGUCAUCGGCCAUAUCUAAAUCUCUAAAAUACUCUAAAUAUACCAAGUGGUGUAGGUGACACUAUUGUCUGUGAAAAUGUUCAAAUCCAUCAGAAAUAGAAGAUACAUCAUAAUGAUCAUUGUUUGUGCAUGUGUCUAUACACCUCAUCACCCACCUUGUUAGAGGUAUCGACAAUUAAUAGAUAUUUCUAAAACUCCUAUUUGAAAAUAUUGAAUGUUGUAUGGCCUCCUUUGAAGUUGCAUGUUUCUGAUACAUUAAAGGGGAGACAUCUAUGUGGUUUUGUUGUUUGUCCCUUAAGCUUUUACUUUGAAUUUAGUUUUAUAUUUGAGUCACCUCUUCAAUUAGGCAUCUUUAAGGAUCGAGUUUUU